CUGGCACAGUGCUUCGUGGUUGAUAUUUUCUCUGGAGCUUUGUUCUAGUGUAUCAAUAUAGUGCAGCCGGUGCGCGUGCUGAAGACAGAGAGGGACAUACCUGUAGAGACAUUGACACUCGUAUCAGAAUUUGACAAAGUAACAGUUAAGGUGUAUGACUUUGAAUUUCGCAGAGUAACUGCCAAGUUGUAUGCAUUUGCAUACUUGAUUGAGGUUGCCAUGGGGGUAUUAAUCGGUGAAAUGCUGAGGGGUUUGAUGGCUCUUUUAUAAUUAGCUUCUCACAUCUCUCAAUGGGGUCUGCUGUAAGAUGUGACGGAUAUGUUGUCUGUGCUCAUAGGGGCUGCUUCAUUGACAGCAAAGGUUGCAUGAUUGAUGCUGAUUAAUGACCAGGCAACAGUUGUCCUUGAAAAUGGGCCGAGCACUUGGUCAAUGUAGGGAAGGGUGAACUGGUUGGCUUGGUCAUCCAAGCAGAGUGCUUGGCAGUCGCAGCUGUUUUACUUCCAGAACAGAAGAUUUAAUGUACACUGCAUCUUCUGAACUGUUGCCUCUUCUAGCAGCGGGAAGAUUGCCUUUGUUGAAGGUGGACAAGAUUACGCAAACAAUUGAUACUAGUAGCUCCACUAUUAUAAACUCUACAACAUUGUCUAGCCCUUUUGCAUCUUUGUCUUUCAGUGCAUCUUCCUCAUUUGAAGUUCAAUCCCCCACAAGAAUACAGGUUGCAUUUAAAGAAGGUUCAAUCCAAGCUCCAGAUAUAAAGUCUAAUGUCGAACUACCAGAAAAUGUAGACAUUUUUGGCCAAAAGCUUAACCUACAGCCUCUGCAACAAUCCCUUGGUCCACUGCAGGGUCUGGUGGAAAACAUAUCACGUGUCAUUUCUGGUCAGCCGCCUCUUAAGAUUCCCAUCCCUGGCGAGAGGACAAGCUCUUGGCUUCUUACUACAUAUCUUGAUAAGGACUUGCGAAUAUCAAGGGGGGAUGGUGGUCUUUUUGUUCUUGCCAGAGAAGGAAAGUAAAUUAUACUCCUUUCUUCUUCCCCCAUCCCAUCCCCGUCCCGAGAAUAAUGUGAAUGGCUUGUUCAAAAUCUCUCCAUUUUUUUUUGUAUUUUCUUCUUCUCAAGUUGAUGUAAAGGAGUGACGGGGUUAUGUUUUCAGGCUGUAAUUCUACAAUAUAUAAAUUGUCGGAAGAAUAGUGUCAACCCCUUAUUUACUUCCGUGAAAUAUUGAUUUGGGGAAGGAAUAUGAAAUUUUAUGAAGUUACUUUUGAGAUUGAGACUCUUGUCUCAGCAUGGGAACUAGAUUUAAAUGAUAUGCAAAAAGGGGUUUUGUUGUUUC